CCAAAACGGUAAACUGUUUCUGAUCUCAAACUUCAGAUCUUCAAUUUAGAACUCAUGAAAACUCGCUCUUAUACAGCUGGCUUGAUCUUCCAAACAGAACAACAGCGUACGAAAAGUACGCAAUUUCUUUAAAAAUGCUGUCACCAGCUAUCAUUGCCCGUAAUCUGGGGCAUAGCUUCAAGAAUGUUAUUAAGAAUGACACUUUGUUACCUGCAUUAACACAGAUUCGUGAUGCAUCCACUGAAACUUCUAAAGGACAAGCAUCUAGUGUUGUAGCAAAAGAAAAACAACCUUACAGUCCUUUUACUCCAAGUAAUAAAGCAGAAUACGCACUAGCUCGUGUUGAUGAUUUGUUGAAUUGGGGUCGAAAGGGGUCAAUAUGGCCUUUAACAUUUGGAUUAGCUUGUUGUGCUGUUGAGAUGAUGCACAUUGCAGCACCUAGAUAUGAUAUGGAUCGAUAUGGAGUAGUAUUCAGAGCAUCUCCACGACAAGCAGAUGUAAUUAUUGUUGCUGGAACACUUACAAAUAAAAUGGCUCCUGCUUUAAGAAAAGUUUAUGAUCAAAUGCCUGAACCUCGAUGGGUGAUUUCAAUGGGAAGUUGCGCAAAUGGUGGUGGAUAUUAUCAUUAUAGUUACUCAGUAGUCAGAGGUUGUGAUAGAGUAAUACCCGUGGACAUUUACGUACCUGGUUGUCCUCCAACAGCAGAAGCUUUAAUGUAUGGAAUUCUUCAGCUUCAGAAAAAAAUAAAACGUAUGCAAACAGCACAAGCAUGGUAUAGAACAUAAAAAACUGUAUGAUAAUAAAUCUUAUAUUUGUAGUCAAAAUAUAUGUGUAAUUGCAACUUUAACAUAUUUUUUCCGAUACGCAAUUAUAGAUUUGUAAUUAUUUAUUUCAAUUUUUGAGAGACAAGUACUCAAAGAUGUAUAGAAGUUAAUAAAAAUACUUUAAGUUGA